AUGUCCAAGGAACAGUUGAAGAAUGAGUAUGGUUUUUUGACAUCUUGGCCGGAUUACCACUUUGAAGAAUUGCGAGGAAUUAUCACAAGAGACUAUGAAAAUACUGUAUGCAAUGAAUUUAAAGAUAAUUCCGAUUACACAAAAAAAUGGAACUGUAUAAAAUUUUAUAGCAUUUUAGAAAAAUUAGUUCACAAUGUAGGAUUAACAAAUAACAAUGAAAACAUGUGGAAUGACUUUAUAAGUAAAAUAACAAAACCUAGCGAGAAUGUUGAUUAUACUUCUUCAAUGAUUACUUCUUUUAUUGGUGCUUUUACACCUUUCGUUCAAGAUAACGCAUUAAAAAAUUUUAAUAAGUAUAAAAAUUCAUGGUUUAAAGGUUAUGAAAUUGAAGAUAUUUUGAAAUUAUUCUAUUUUUCUAUUAAUAUUGGAGACAUUCAAAAUUUGAUGAAAAGUCCUGAUAAUAAGUAUUAUGGGGAUACGUGUAAUUUCAUCAAUGAAUGUCUUGAUCUUUUCAAAUAUUACAAAGAAACCACAUGUCCAUCCGAUUCAACUAAUAAAUACAAUGAAAGUACAAUAUGUAUGGAAGUAAACAGUUUUUAUGAUAGGUAUAAAAAUGAGUUGCACCCUCACUUGAAAGGAUUCAAGCAUUUAGGGUUGACGAAUCCUGAAGACCCUAAAGCUUUGCUAGUCUGCCCAUGGAGUAGUGGUUCUUCAAGAUUCCUUCGACGGUUAUUUCAUGGAAGAAAUUUAAUGAAACCUAGUUCAUUAGCUUUUGUAGCUCUUAUUGUUUUACUGAUAGCUGGUUGUUCUUUAUCAUUAUACAAAGAGGAAGAAGAAGAAAAUACACUGGAUUGGAUGGAUAUAGAGGAUCAUCAAGAUUUGGAGAAUCAUCAAGAUUUGGAGAAUCAUCAGGAUUUGGUGAAUCAUCAGGAUUUGGUGAAUCAACAGAAUUUGGUGAAUCAUCAAGAUUUGGUGAAUCAACAGGAUUUGGUGAAUCAACUGGAUAUGGAGAAUCAUCAGGAUUUGGUGAAUCAACAGGAUAUGGAAGAUCAGGAAGAUAUGGAGAAUCAACAAGAUAUGGAAGAUCAGGAAGAUAUGGAUCAUCCUCAUAUGAUGAUGAAAUGCCAAGUAGUAUUUGAACAGUUUACGAAGUUACUGCUAAAACCAUUUCGAAUAAUGGAAAAAAUUUCUGCUAUAUGUGUUGAUUAUUCUUUUCUUUUUUAUAAAAAUUGUAAAAAAGGAAGAAAAAAAUUGUUCUUAGGUGGUAGAGGAGGAAGAAUAUGUAUGUGCAUAAACGGUUCUAUGGAUAAUGCACCCGUAAACAUUUUAAAUUAA